GAUUGAGUAUUGCGCGAUCAGACCGGCGAUCGAAUGCAGGAACAGAAACAGGCUACAGAAAGCGAUUUUAACAUGCGGUUGAAUAUUUCAACCGAUUAAUAAAGCGCAAAGGAAAACUAGAAGCACACAAGGACAUGUGUUUUAUAGCAGCAAAAAAAACGCAGUACAAGAAAAGGUAACAGAUAGCGUAGGUUCGCAAUGGAAAAGUCUCCCCCUUCCAGACCCAGGAAUAAAUGAUUGUUUUUGCACCUUCCGUUUUCGUACGGAACGACGAUUUGAACUACUUUUGCAUCUGUACGAUGCAAAAGAUGCGAUAUCAAUUUCUUUUUUCUGUAUGCAACAUCUCAUGCCUCACAUAAGUAGGGUAGCCCCGAGCGCUGAUACGGGAAGGUGAACCAAUUAAAUAUGAAGAAAUUCCUCGCAAAGUUGUAAUGUAAACCUUAACCGGAAAUGGGUGAAGAGCGAUAGAAUGUGCAAACCCCCAACAGUGUCAGUUUAAAAAUCAAACAAAGCCCGGCAGAUAAAGGCAGGAAGCGAUAACCAUGUUCUCCCAAUGUCGUUUUGGAUUGUGAAAAAAAAAACAAACAAACAAAUGUAAAUAGUAUUUCCGCGCCGCAUUUGUAGAACUAGGACAGAGGUAUACGCACAUAAAGAUGCAAACAUAUAGCAUAGCGGUAGUAGUAAUGGCAGCCGACGGUAUUAAUGGGUAGCCAGCAGCAGUAACAACAGCAGCAGCAGCAGCGACAGCAGCAGCAGCAAACCGUCAAUCAAAAACCAACGGUCAGCCGCGUCAGAAGUGUUUAAAAGGCAUGCAAAAAAGGGCAGCACAUCGCGGAAACUAGUGAAAGGCGAAAGGAAACAAAAGUUAGCUAAACCGAAAUCAGUCUAAUUGCAUAGGUCUGAUAAAACAAAUACGUAAUUAGCGUGUAAGAAGAGCAGACUGCACACAGAGAAGAAAGCUCGAAUUUUGAAUGCAAAAUAAAAAAAAAAAAACAAACAAACAAACCAUUAAUUAUUAAUCCUCAUGCGUAUACGUAAAAGCAAGCCACAACCACUAAGCAUGUUUAGAAAAGAAAAGAAAACAAAUGAAAAAAAGAAGCAGAAAGUACCAAACCAAGAAGCAAAAGAUAUUGAGGGAUAGAGAAUGCAAAAAAGAAGGAAGCGUUUUGGAAAAAAAGGAAAAACCUAAAAUGAACAAAAGCAAAACAACAAACAUAUUUAGGCAAUAGAAGCAAUCAAACGUUAGGGCGUACAGAUAUGCAGCAAAACAGCCACACAAACAUACGAAAAACAAAAGCAACAACUAAAAAAUAGAAACAAAAGCCCAAUAUUUAGAGCGGAUGAAAAAAAGCAUAAAACACAAAAAAGAUUACAGAAAAACACCGGUAAACAAAGUAAAAAAACAACAGAAAAUCGUUACAAACCAAAAAGUAAUACCAGCGAACGAACGAGAUUAGUUUUGUAGCACUUCGUUUUUGCAAGAGGCCCAUAUAGCUCGCCAAUAAGUACAACAUUUUAACAUGUGACGUAACAAUUUGGCAAAAAAUAUUUCGCAUCCCCCAACGUGACCCCUGAAAACUACUCAACCACCCCCCCAACCUACCCUUCCGAUGAGUAUCGUACCCUGAUUUAUUGAACUAAUAUUUUUCCACUCAUUCUCGAAACCAAUCAUCCUCUGACUUGGUUUUUGGGGGUGUUUACAGGGUACAAUACUGCACGUGCAACGAAGCUCCGUUACACGUGUGAUUUGUUUUUAAAUAUUUUUCACCUACUCUUUUCCAAUGCAACCUAACGUGAUGCAUGGUGGUUGUAUUUGUGGAUUAUAUUUUUUCUAAUAUACCAUUCUAUCACCCACAUCAUCAUCAGAUCUAUUGACAGUGAUUGGGUUCUAAAAUGUUAGACCCAACUAGUCACGGCUGGAGGAUCUAAAACCUCCACCCGCUACCGUGCCAUGUGGGAGUGAAAUGGAACUCCACCCUUUCGGCACCAUGUUUAAUCAAUCUUCUUUACUUUCAGCCUUUUUAUCUACGUGCAAUGGUGAUUUUAUAGUUUGAAGUCGAAGCAUAAAUCGCUCUCUAAACAGUAGAAAGUCAUCUGUAUUUGCACAUUUAUCUUUUUUAUAUUUGCCAUUCGAAAUGAAAAGUUUGGGAGUAACGCACGAUCGGAGAUAAAUAUUUCAUUGCCAAAUUGUCACGUUAUAUGCAUUUAUCUUUAGAUGUAGAUUUUCUCCCCUUACCUAUCUUUACUUUGCAUGCCCUUUAUUACACAACUUCUAAAUGUACUAGAUUAUUCAUUACUCCAAUUACUUACUGACUCGAUUUUUACUGACUUAUUAAAGCCGGUCUAUACUGGUGAUUUUUACCAAACUUCCAAUGCAUCAAUGGGGACAAUUUAUUUGUCCGAUUUUGUGGGACGUUGUGUCAAGUUAUUUUAAACAAUUUCUCCAAUCACAGAUAUAUCUUUCAUUUUUUGGGGGUAGUGUUUAUAGAACUAUUAUAAAGAAAAUGUACACGUUACAUUCUCAUUUCUUCGAAGGAGUGAAACCUUCCGAAAGGAUUUUCACUCAAAGUCUACAAUAUUUUGUUCCGAUUAUCCAAUUAUUUCGUGUGAAUUUGAAAGUCGAUUUCACUGGGACACUGGUACAUUCUCAAUACAUUUUCCUAAACGAAUGAACAAACGACUGUAUGGGCUCGUGCUUACGAAGUGUUAUUAUAUUUUGUGUGAUGUCUACCAAUUUUUGUCGGUUACAGUUUCGCAAAACGACCAGUUUCAGCUUCCGCUCAAUUUUCUUAAACCACAAAAAUAUUCAACGAUUGCACAAAAAAGGAAAGGUAUUAAACGUUCAGUUUCCUUUAUUUCGAACCAGUCAAGAACUAAACGAAACGUGCACAAAAAGUUACUUUCUCUGUUAGCAAAAUUCGCGAAAGGUGUAGAACAUUUGUGCCACCUGCAAAAACAAAACGAAAACCCUGAAAUACGUAAAUUAUAUACGACUGAUUCGCGUUCUCAAAGAGUGUGGAAAAGCAAAGAAGUAAAACAUCGUGCAAGAGUGGGCAAAGAUAGGUUAAUCUAAACAUAUGUAAGCGGUAAGUGGAUGAAACACAAAAACAAACAAAAAACAAAAUGGUGGCAUUAGCAGCAACAUUGGAAGAAGUGUAUCAUGAAAAGUACGAUUAAACAAUUAAACAAUGAAUAGGGAAUAGUACCGGAGUACCCGAAUGUCUUGGUUUUGCUCUACAAAAACGGGCUAAAAAGGUUCCGGGUUUUUGUGUUUUUGUUUUUGUUACUUUGCGUACGGUUUUAGUAUGUGGAUACACUGUGCAUCUCAAGGUAUGGAAAUAAAUCAAAAUGGCAAGCAAAGAAAAUAAAAAAGCGGAAAAAAGAGAAACAAACAAACAAAAAAAAUUAAAAACAAAAUAAUACCCAUUUAAGCAAUGAAUAGAAAAGCAAACAGUGGUGGUAAAAUGAGUAUACGAUUUUAAAAAAAAACAAAAGAUACUGCUAAAAGAAAUGAAAACAUAGGAACAUGCGGCAAAACGAACCUAAAAACGAACACAACUAACUAAUUCGAGUAUUAAGCUUUACAAUUUUUUGUUUUUUAUUUUUUUAUCGUUUUACUUAUUACCAAUCGUAUAGAGUAUUUUAACCGCAGGUGGCCUAAGGGAACACAAUUACAUACAACACAAAAAACACACACAAACAUACACACACAAGAACACGAAAUAAUUGGCCGAUAAGUAUACGUAAGCGUAAUGUGUAAGGAUUAGAGACGUGAAGCGGUGAAGCAAAGGGAAGGAUCAACGCCGCAAAUUGAAACUGAUUGAUCUAUUAGAUAUCGGUUGCAGCAUCCAAAGCGAUGGUGCAACAGUUUGUAAGGAUAAGAAUAUGAAUCUUACCAAUAUAUCUGCAAUAUAUUUAUCGCCGGUGCGUAAAUAUUCCAAACCACGAACAGGUCAGGGAUCCCCAGUCAGGAGCAAUUUACGGACAGGAAGUUCCUCUGUACUGCGCCAAUUGCAUACCUGUUCCGUUUGUUUCGUUUCCGUUUUUAUGUUUCCUUAUUGGAAAGCUAUUUUACGCACGCAAUUAAAGUUCGCGAAUAGGAAUUUUGCAUUUAAAUAACAAAAAAAAAAAACAAACAAAAAAGGAACCCGCUUGAGAUAGACUUGGGAGAACGAGACGAGUAGGCAAAUCAAAACAAAACAAAACAAGAAAAAAAAAAGAGAAAACCCCCGAGAUACGGAAACAAUACCAACAAAAUACAUACGUAUACCAAGAGCAACAAAACAGAUUGCGUGAUGAUUGAAAUUGUAAAUGUAUACCUAAUUAAAGUAUUUUCAUAAAAUCUGCUACAACCGAUCAUUUUGAUGGGUUUGAUGCCCGGAUGAGAUGAUUUUGGUUCUGGCUUUGUUAAGCAAAUUUAGCAUAUAGGGCAACAAAACGCGUUUAGCGGUGGCGAUUAACUCGAUGUGACAUUAUGCCUCCCAAGCUACCAAUGGGAAGCGACAUCGGACACGAUACGUAGGCACGAUCAAGGCAGAACGAGCAUAAUUUAUUCUUACCUCACUGUCCGGUGUGGUGGUUGAAGCGUAGCCUAAAUAAUUGUGAAUGAGGGAAACAAAUAUGUUUUAUCUACAUGUCGAAGACUAAUCAACACAUUACGCGCGCACCUUCCUUACGCGUUGAUGCUUUUGUGCCGCAAAGGGUAGCAAAACCAUAAGCAAGGUUAGGGCAAUGGGCAAUGAGGAGGGGAAAAGAAAUACUAACACAACACAAACGUAUACGACGAAUGCUUUCAUUUGCGAGUGAAUGAAAUGCCUAAAACCACAACCAAUCAAACGAAAACCUUUGUGCAUAAGUUUCCAUAAAAUACUAACCAUUUAAUCGGUUCGAUAGCGAAAACAAAUAAUUAAUAUCGACCGUCCCUCCCUUAUUUCCCAACCCCUUUCUCCCCUUUCCCACUCCAAUAACAGUUUUGAUCAGCUCAGUUAGCAAUACUUGUAAGUAUGUAAUAUAAUACGUAACAACAAGAAAAUAAUUAAUUAAAAAUGGCGCUACCGGAAAGCAUUUUAUGCCAGUAGUAUAAAAAUAAAAGAAAACCGAAGCAGAAAUGAUUAUAUACGUACAUAAAUGUAGUUUGCAAAAAUGCUAAGAAAACUAACAAAAAUGUAAAUGGAAGGAAAUUCUUUUCCAAAAUGCAAAAUCCCACUCUUUCUCCCGUGUUUCCCCGUGUACCGCAAACAUUUUAAUCCCGUUCUCUCCGCUCCCAAAACCAACACCCCCAAAACAAGCAACCACACACACACACAAACACUUUAUUCUUCCAAGUGGAGGGAAAACAGAGGGAGAGGAGAAAAAACCAAGAAUCUCGUGUUCGCUCGCUUUAAAGCUUUAUGAAACAGUUUCAGCACUUUCUUUCGUUUCUAAACACAGUUACACAAAAGAAAAGCAUAGUAUCAUUUAGUUUACUUAUCACAACCGAGUAUACGAGAGUUUGUUGUUUUGCCCCGUAACAUAUUUUUUGUUGUACGGAAAGGAUAUAUAAGGAGAAGAAAAAACUUAGCUAAAAUUAUUUGCGUUACUGCAAAGAAUCAACAAAGGGGGUAGAUGGGAUUUAAAACAGUUUCAGUUUCUUACCCGAAACUACUGUAGGGCAUGUCUUACUUACGGCGGCGCAUAUCUCGUACGGAUAUAUAAAUACAUACGGAACCUCAAAACAGCAUUUAGUACAUAGCGAUACGCAAGCGGUAUUACCAAUUAAGAUACUUAACACCAGUAGUACACGCCCACAAAUACGUAAGCUUGAUAUGCGCAGGGAAGACGCAUUCAAGCGCAUGGUGAACGAACAAACAUACGUAAAUACGUCAGGUACGAAUGUAAGGCGAAAGGCACUAAAUUAUAUAGACUGUGGCAGAAGGUUUUAGCAAAUGUUAUGUUUUUUUUUACUUCUCUUCUUCUAAAUAUAUUAAAUUGCUACAAUUUUUAUUAAAUUUUAUGUCGUUUUUUUGUGGCUACUGUUUUGUUUUCUUCGCAAAAAAAAUUAAACACUGUUAUAACAUGAGUAACGAAAGAUCUCCCUCGUGAAAGGUGUGAAAGGGUGCAAUGGCCCUGCCGUGCGAUGUCGAUGUCGAACCAUCUCUCCACCUUACUUACAGAUCAGAACUGCAAAACCUGAAGCUAUGUGAUGUACUGUAGCCAUAUGUAGAGCGUAAAUAGUGAAACCCGUUCCCGACAAUGCACGCAAAAUUGUAAAACCGGGCAGAUACGAACAGUUAUUGAGAGCGGUUCAGAGAAGAGGUUCAGGAGACAGAGUCAUAAAUCGUACGAAAUCGAUUCCCGCAAAGGAAAAUAGGGAGAAAAUGGCAAAUGAUUAAAGGGUUGAAUCGUCGUGCUUGGGGAUGAAUAAAUCUAUUUCUUCCUUCUUCUGUAUUUUUUGUUUCUCAAAACGAGUCAGCGAGGAAAAACGAAAAAGAAAAAAAAUAGAAACCUAAUCACUCAUGUACAUACACUUAUUAUACGUAAAAUGCUCGAGCUUUGAACGCAUUCAAACAUGAAAUACGGAAAGCAUAAGGCAAGCAUAAGUAACCCAUCAGACAGACAAAUAAAACAAAAGAAUACUCCUCACAAAACAAGCGACGAACCCAAUAAAAACGUACAAGCUCGUUUCUUCCUUACUUUUUGUCUUGUUACACGGAUGGUUGGACUUAUCCGGCAUUUGUUUUGUUUGUUUUGUUUUCCCUCGCCCGCCACAAAUGCAAGAAAAGUGCGUUGAAAAACACAAUGACAACCACGAACAACUGUACAGAGGCCAAUUGUUGUAAGAAAAGUGCAGCAAUAGGAAGUAGUUAAUACUACGAACCUGCAAAACAAAAAAAACCCCGUUCAGUUUUCAUGCUCAAUGUUGUAGAAAAAAAUGCAAUCUAAACGAUUUUCUUGCAUCAUUGUUAAUGGGAGGGAAAAAGGAUUAGAAAAGCAAAAGCAACAGGACAAAAGGAAGCGACAAAAGGAUUGUGCGGCUAAGGAUGCUUUGUUUUCCGUGUUACCACGAUUCCUCUCCAUUAUAUUCCGCUUGCUAUCAUUUCCUUCCACCACUUCACCCUCUCCCCAUCCUUCCCCUCAACCUCCCCACCCAUCCCCAGUGUGGUCGGAUUCUCGCUCCUUCCGACGUACAACACAUUCCCGGGAGAGACGGGAGAGAAGAAAAAAUCGAAGGAGGAAAAAGAGAGAGAGAGAGAUAAAUAGCAAAAAAGGGAGAGUUUUCAUGCAGUUACGAUCCUUUUACCAGAAUCUCCUUUAGCAUAACUUUUUUCCAAUCAUCAUAUACCUCCUACAUAAUAGGGUAUUAUUAAACAAAACAAAAACAAAAAAAA